CCCCGCGGCCUCGCGGCGUCGCUGGAGGAAGAGGAGGAGGAAGAGGAGGAGGAAGAGGAAGAGCUGCGCCACAGGCGGGGGCGGAUGGGAACGCCCCCCCGCAGGAUGGCGGAGGGCUGGGCCGAGUGCCCGGCGCUGGGCCCGGGCUGGCAGCGCCGCGAAGCUUUUCGGAAAUCCGGGGCCACCAGCGGCCGCAGCGACACCUACUACAGGAGCCCCACAGGGCAGAAGUUCCGCAGUAAGAUCGAGCUGCGACGGUUCCUGGGCCCUGGGCAUGACCUGAGCAACUUCGACUUCAAAUCGGGGCAGCAGCGACCUGGCCCCACUCGGACCAGGAAGAGCCCCAAAUGGCACCUGCCCGCCGGGCCCCUCCCAGAGCCCCCCAAAAUCUUCACAAAGGAGGAAGAGGAGGUGGAGGUGGAGGUGGGCGGGGCUGAGACCGAGAAGGCCCCACCCUCACCAGGUCAGGCCCUGCCCAUCCCCAGCCAGGCCACGCCCUCUUCAUCCAUGGCCACGCCCCUGAGGGAGCCCCCCCAUCGCCGGACCCGGAAGCGGCCGCCCCUGGAGCCCCCCCAGGAUGGGGUGAUGGCGCUGUGUGCUGGCUGCCAGACCCUCUUCCCAGGGGUGUCCCUGCCCCCUCAGCGCCGCUGCCGCUGGCUCUGCCCCGACUGCCGUGCCCAGAGACGAGACUUCAACCGGGAGCAGCGAUUCUACAAGCGGGUGGGCUGUGGCACGUGCCAGGCCUGCCGCAUCCCCGAGGAUUGUGGCAUCUGCAGCGCCUGUGCCCGCAGCCCCCCCGGGGGCCCCUCCGGGCCCGGCCGGACCCCCAAGUGCCUCCUGCGCCGCUGCCUGCGCAUCGUCAAGAAGGGCCUGGGCUGCGGCUCCUGCGCCGGCUGCCUGAGCACCGAGGACUGCGGCAGCUGCUGCAUCUGCCUGCGGCGCCUGCAGCCCGGCCUCAAGCGCCAGUGGCGCUGCCUGCGGCGCCGCUGCCUGCGCCCCAAGAAAGCCAAGGUGGCCAAGAAGCCGCAGAGCCCCCGGCCCCUGACAGAGAAAUGGAAGCCUCUCGUGGAGCGGGAGCCCAGCGACGCCUCCAGCGCCAGGCACAGAAAGCUGCUGAACAAGGGCAAGGAGAAGAAGAAGCCGGGGCGAGCCCAGAAGGCCCCUGGGCCCCGCGGGGAGAAGGAGGAGCCACUGGGGGGGGCUGAGAACGGCCCCAGGCCCCUCCCGGGUCCCCCCCUGCGCCUCUGCCCCAUCAAGGAGGAAACAGGACCCCUCCCCCGCCUCGAGGACCCUCGCCUGGGGCUCCUCAUCGCCUCGGCCCCGCGCCUCAAAGGGGCCCCCCCGGAGCCCAGCGUCGCCCCCCAAAGGCCCCCCCCAGGGGAUUUGGGGGUCCUGAUCGCCGCCACCCCCCGCGUGAAGCAGGAGCAGCCGCAGCCCAGCGCGUCCCUGGUGCCGGUGCCCCCCCAGCCUCCCCCUCCCCAGCUGGUGGUGCUGGAUGACAGUGAGGAGGAGGAGGAGGAAGAGGAGGAGGGCAGCAGCCGAGUGCCCUUGCCGCUGUCCCCCGCUCCCCAGCUCUGGCCCGGCUCCUUCCUGGAGGAACUGGCCGAGAUUCCCCUCCCGGCUCACUGGGGGGUCGUGGGGGCUGACGGUGGUCCCGGGCCGUGCCCGGCUCGGGGGCUGCGCCUCGUUCAGCGCUGUCCCCGCUCCUCCAUGGCCGCGGCCGCCGUGCUGCUCAACCCCGGCUUGGCAUUCCGGGUCCUGGUCGCCCGCGGCCGCCCGGUGCCACCCGGGCACGAGGUGCUGGCCCGGCGCCCCCCCCUGCGCUCCGUGCUGGACCUGGUGGAGCUGCUCUGCGAUCUCGAGGCCUACGGGCCCUGCCCGGGACCCCCGGCCCGGCCCCCCGCCCCUCGCUGCCAUGUCCUGGUGAGGGGGGGGCGCUGCUGCCGGCCCUGCCAAAUGCUGGCAGGGGAGGGGCAUUGAGGGAAACGGGGA